UAAUUCAGAAGAAAGUUGGUUUGCUGAAUUCUGCUGAAUAGGUAUAAUUCAAAAAGCCGUCAGCAGUAAUCAUCAACGUCGAUUUUAAUAAGCUUCGGUUGGAUUUAUUACGUUUGCUAAGAUAUUUUAAUCAAACAAAGAAUCAUCAGCAGGAAUAAACUUGUGGUGGAUAGCAAAGAUACUGUAAUUGGUGGCAUUUGUGAAAUAACAAUUAUUUUGAUUUGAAUAAUUAAAGUUAUACGAGAAAUGGAUCCUUUUACCCAGCGAAUUCUUGAAAAGGCAGAACAACGUAGUAGACUUUUAGGUAUAAGUAAGGCAAGUAAACAUCCUCUUAUCGAGAGUGCCAGAGAGUUUAAUAUUGCCAAAUCCGUCGAAGUCGGUGAUGUGGAAAGUAGAACUCAACAAAAACAAACAUUCCAAACACAGCAGAUAACUGUUCAGCCUGCUGUAGCGGCAUCUUUGCAAGCUACAUCACGUAAAGGAACCAGCGCAAAAAAUGAAAGUGGUUUAAAUUGCAAUAAGUUGGAAGUUAUUGAAAAGGUUGUUAAUAAUACUGCGAGUUUGUCGAAUACGGAGCAAAAAGUUCAUCGUCAGUUUUCGGCGGUGAAUAAGCAAAAUAUGGAUUUAGGAAUUGAAAUCAAUAUAGUGACAAAUAAAAACAUGGAGGUUGAAGUUCAAGUAGAAGAGCAAGAUAUUGUCAAUAAUGAUGUCAGCCACAUUAAAACAGCAUUGGAACAAACGACAUCUAAAAUACGAGAUACUUCACGAAGUCGUUUACAGCGCCUUGGUGCACUUUAUGCCAACCCCAAUGACCUUUCAUCGCCAAUACACCGAACCGAGGGGGAUUUCCAUUCUGAUUCUCCUGUUGAUGAAUGUGAUGGGAAAAGUACUAAACGUUCCAAACAACGUUUAGGAAAAUUAGUCGAACUUGCGAGUUCUAUCAAUCAGUGGGAAGAUGACACCACUCAUCACGACCCGCAUCCACUUAGUUCACUACCGCCACCUAAGCCAGAUUUACCAAGUAGAAAAAUUUCAAAUGUACCGAUAGCUACUUUACAAGGUACGAAAUUAUCAAACAAUGCAUAUAAAGAGGGACACGAAAACACACUAACAGAGAAUUUGUCAACGAAGGAAAAAAAACCAGGGAAUACCACACAACCGCCCUGUAAUACAAAACAAUUGACAUGGGAUCCCCUGCUGUUUAAUUCACUUGAAGCCCAGGGAUUUCAAAGACGUAAAUCAUCUGUUGUGAAACUUGCUUAUGACUACACAAAAGAUGAAAAAAGUAAGUCGACAGAAAAACAAGGAGAUGAUGAUGUAAAAAAUGCUGCACAUCAGCCUAAAGUGGCUAAGUUGGCCAGCACAUUUUCAAAAAUUUUGGAGGAUAAAUGUAAUAUGAUUGACCAUAAGGAACGAAAAUUCACAAAUGUUAAUAUUGGUUUAGUUUCUGGACGAACGGCUGCUUUUGAGAAAAAAGUUAGCGCUUGUCAAGAAGCACAAAAGCCACAAAAAGAUCCGACAGAAUUAUCGCUCAAGGAACGUAUGCAAUUAUUUGAACGGAAUAAAGGGGAAGCCCUUAUUCCGAAAGCUGCUCUCGGAAUGGCUCCGCCUAUAAGCAAAAUUCAGAAUGAGCACACUGUGCAACAUAAAGGAGAUGGUGCCAAAGCAACUAAUGCCGACGUUUUGUUUACUAAUGGAAAUUUAAAUUUGAAAACAUCGAAACCCAGCAACGAAAGUAAAUUGCGUGAAAAAGUAGCUGCGCUUGUUUCAAACACAUGUACCAUGGCAGAGAGCAAAAUAAAAUCUGAUAUACAAAAGCAACGUAAAAAUGAUAUGCAAGUUAUUGCAAAUCGAUUUCACAAACAAAAAUAUAUAAAUGAAAGCAAAGAGAACAUAUUGGAGUCAUCUGGAACUAAGGAAACAUCGCUUAAUUUUGAUAAUACGAAAAAUACCACUAUCGCACAUCCUACGUCACCACCACCACCACCUCCGAUGCCCAAAGAAAGUUUAACUAUGAAAAACAAACGGCAUUCUCCUAGCGAAGUUACUGACGAGGAAAGCAAACGCGCACGCAAAACUGCUGUAAGUAGUUUGUAUCCGGCACUAUCAGAUUUGGAAUUGAGAAACUUGGCAUCGGAAUCGAAUAGAGGCAGUGGUGCCACUACUGCAAUUAUGUCUGACCAGAGUACCGCAGAUGAACAUGGUCAGAUGCUAACUAAAAAACAUGAAACUAGCGACUUAGAUAGUAUGAAUGGAGAUGGAAGUGACAUGUAUUCAGAGGAGGCAGAUGACAGCAGCAUAGACAUCUGCAACAUUAGUUUGGGGCGUGAGAUAAUGCAUGCUGUACAAAAGAAUGACGAUCACCAACAAAAACAACAACAAAACAAACAAAUGGAGCAGAAAACUUGUGGUGAUAACGAAUAUUUUGGCUGUGAAGAUAGCUCAUUGAAUUCUUCUGACACUUCAUUGGGUAUUAACGAUUACUUAGAUGAGGCUUUGGAAGAAGAUGGCAUUGAUGACGAUACACAGGGAAGCUGUGAUUAUGCGAAUGAAUCUGAAAGUAUAAUUCAUCUGUCAAAAGAAAACAAAGGGACAACUGCUUCCAAUAGCUUUUCUUUUCAUAAAUCAUCAAAAAAAGACGAAAAUUAUAAAAUUGCAACAGAAGCAAAUAAGAUAUCACCAAUUCCAAAUUCAGCAACCUCUUUGUACGCGACACAACCGGUGAAAUCUGAAUUGAGUAUCAAUCGCGAAAACGAGAACAAUAUGGUCACCUUGAGCGCUAAUUCUACUCCAAUUCGAAAGGUGAGUAAAGAAAGGAAGAUCUUACGCUCCGACAUCAGUAACGCUACCCCUGCAGCACUGAAAAUUGAGCAUAAAAAUGAUAUAAAAGAAGUCAAAAACGAUGAAACCUACCUUGUUGAGGAAGUUGAGACACAAGUCAAUAGUUUACAAGACGAAAUAGAUACAGAUGAUACUCACUUAGUGGAAGAAAAAAUCAAAAAACUACUGGACGAAGUAUGUAAACAGCAGACGGUGAUUGCACAAACAAGUCAAGCAUUGAACUUAUGUGCUGCUACUAUUGAAUUUUCGGGAUCAACUGAGUCGGUUGAGGGCGAGCGGCAUUUACUUGUAGCAACUCAUCGCCGUCAGGCCUGUUUAGAUGAAGUACAACGUUUACGAGUAGAGAAGUGCUUGCGCCCAACAGGUUCUUUACGAGAUAAAGGACGCCUUACAGUUAAAGAAAUAACUAUACCAUUACGACAAGACUACAUACGCAAACUAGCUGCGGAUACCAUUUCCGGCCAUCAUUUGGUUUGUUUACUAAAGUACAAUGAAUAUGUUUUGGCCACAAAGACAGUACCUACUCUUCCUGGCCUGCUGGCCGUUAAAUUCCCUGAUGUUUUGAUAAUGAAUAACGUUUAUGCAGAUUUUAGGAUUACCCUAGAAAUUUACGGUAUGACUGCCCAGCGAGAAGUUUUGCCUCACGAAGUAAAAUAUCAUAUUAAUUUGAAUAAAAAGUGUGGCAUAAAAACCCCUAAAAAGAAGGGUAGUGAAAAUCGAUUAGUUAUGCCUCCAGUACAAAGCCCUGCGGGGCCAAACGUCGUGCGCACGCCGGCAUUGGUGCAAUAUGGUUUUGCCAUAUUUUCUUUACGUGAGAUACAGCGGACCUCAUGGACCCUAACACAAAUUCUUGGUGUAAGUCCAUUGGAAGGAGUUGUGCAUAUGAAAGCUAAUUGUGAAUUAUCUGUUUUGGUUGAACAUCGCGGCUUUCUAACGAUGUUUGAAGACAUUUCUGGUUUCGGGGCUUGGCAUCGACGCUGGUGUUAUUUAAAUGGAAGUGUACUUAAUUAUUGGAAGUACCCAGAUGAUGAGCGUAAAAAAACGCCUAUCGGCACCAUCGAUUUGUAUGCUUGUCAUACACAGAAAGUAACCGUAGCGCCUCGUGACAUAUGUGCCCGUCUUAACACAAUGAUGCUCGAAUUCGAGCGACCCGCAAAAGAAACAGACGUAGAAUCACUCAUUAUUGUUCCAAAUGGCCGCAACACAAUUGUAAGAUACCUGCUUUCAGCUGAUACGAAAGAAGAGCGAGAACUUUGGUGUGCUUACUUCAAUAAAGUCUUACUAUUGCUGCGCGCUUGGGGACCGCCGCAGUGAUGAUAUAUCAUCAACUAGUAAUUGUUGACUUCAAAUUACGAAUCAUAAAUAUUUAUUAGAAUAUAAAUUUUGAGGAUAUCAAUUUUCGUUCAUAUAUUUUAUUUUAUUACUUUUUCCGAGGUCUACUUUAAAAUGUUUAAUCAAAAGUAAAUAGAAAAGAUCGGAUUCAAUUUGGUAAUACUAGUGCUACAAUUAUUAUAAAAAAUAUAAAAUAUGUAUAUUGCGGAGGAUUUUAAAUGGUGUUAUGCACUUUUACUUUUUAAACACACAGUUAAGUUUUCUACUAUUUGAAUAGGUAAAUAGUAUAGUAUAUUAUGAUUAUAUAUUUCUAUCUUUAUAUUUCGUAUAAAGAAAAUUUUUAUAUUGCUGCUACGUACUGCUUAUCUAAAAAUGUCGAAAAACUAACAAAUUAUCUACAUUUAAUUUUAUGAAAAUAGCUAUUUGUCCUUUGCUGUUUUAAAUCGUUUAGUAUUGAAUCGUAUAUUAUUUGUCACACAUAUUCGGAUAUAUGUAUAACUUACACUAUUUUAUAUGUAUGAACUUAUUUAUAUUAAUAAUUAAUAAAAUUAAUGUUUAUAACUAUAAAUUCUUUUUAUCUUAUAUAUAAAGUGUUUAUAAAAUAACGUAUGCCUUUUAAAACAUACUAUAUAAAAAAUAUUUUAAUUAACAAAAAUCAUACGUUGAUAUAUUAUUGGAGAUGUUACCUUUAUCAUUGAUCACAUUUUCCUUCCGGUAAAUUUAUGCAUUUUUGGAUAUAUAUAAAGUGAAUGCUUUCAAAUCGUUGUGCAGACAAAGUAAAACGAAAAUACACCUUUUUCGUCGUUUGUUAGUGUCACACUUCUUGAAAUGCACUUGUACUGUAUAAUGUAAGCAUAUCAUAUACAUACAUAUAUACAUAUCAUUACACAUUUUUUUCCUCACGACUUGUUUUCUUGUUUUGUUUAUUUUUUUGGAAUAAAGGCGGUCGUAGUCGCUAUGUCGAGUUCGAAAAAUCUAAUACGUACAUAUGUAUAUGUACAUAUUCAUACCCCAGUAACUUGUUGUCCAUCAGGAUAUCACCCGAACAGAGGUAUUUAGUGGUGAAAUCCGUUUGGUACUAAUUUAAUUCGCACCACGAUCUUUGGCAUUCGUGCAUGUUUUAUGAUCGUAGUGGGACGGAGUUUGCGGAAUAGAUAGACCAUUCGAAAUUCUGCAUAAUAAAUGCAAAGACCUUACCAGAAUUAUGGGCAUUUGCAAUAGCUCACCGGA